AUGAUUAACUCCACAAAUGAUUACAUUCACGAAAUCACAAUCAGAAUAGAAAAGGCUAGAGCAAAUUUCAACAAAAUGAGAAGAGUUCUAUGUACCAGGGAUUUAAAACUGGAACUAACAGUUAGGUUAGCGAGGUGCUAUGUUUCUUCGAUUUUAUUUUAUGGAAUGGAAUCUUGGACCUUGAAUGCAACAUAAAUGAAAAAACUGUAAUUAUUCGAGCUGCGGGUGUAUAGAAGAAUUCUGAAAAUAUCGUGGACAGAACACGUCACAAACAAAGAGGUUCUGAGAAGGAUGAAUAA